AUGUCUGCCUUCGAGGUGCAACACUCCUACUUCCCUGCGAGCGGGGCCGGCACCAGCUACCACGCCGGAUCCUCCCUCCUCGAAGCCGGCUACAAACCGUCCGAGGAAGAAUGCGGCACCCUCGCUGCCCCCAUCGCCGCGUUUUUGCGCAACUGCAGCUGCUACGACAUGCUGGGCGUCUCAACGCAGGUCGUCGUCCUCGACGUGCAGGCCCCGCUCUCGGUCGCCUUCAUCGCCGCGCAGGAGACGCGCAUCCAGAGCUGCGUCUUGUGGGACCCCCGUAAGCGGCAGUAUGUCGGCGUUCUCACCUCAACCGACUACAUUUGCAUUCUCCUCUACUGCCAGUCGCACCCGCGCGAGGCGGACGCGGUGGCGUCGUGGACAAUUGAGCACUGGCGCCAGGUGAGGGAGUCGCUGGGGAUGGGCAAGCCGAAGGAGAAGACACCGGGCAGCCUGGCCCCCAAGAGCGGCCUCGUCACGUGCAAGACGGAUUCCUCGCUGCACGACUGUCUGCUGAAGAUGCGCGAGUAUCACGUCCGCCGCAUCGUCGCACUGGCGGAGAAGGAAGGCGAAGACUUUAGCCUUGUGGCGAUGAUGGAUGUGGAGCAGAUCGUGGAGUACCUGGGUGUGAUGUUCUUCCACAUUGAGAAGGCGGGUGGCACCGUCGGCGGCAACGGCGGCGCGAACACGUCCAACAACAGCAUGGCGGGCAGCACGACGGGCGGCCCCACACCGCACCACACCACUUCGGCUAUUUCAAACGCAGGCGGUGCGAACGAGGACGCGCUGGCGCGCAGCACGAACAGCACCACCGGCAACAACGCCGUCGUGACGCCGCUGCGCCGCCACAGCAGCGUCCGCUCCAACCGCGACUUCGAGGAGGACGACGACGACCCGACGGGGGUGUUCGCGCUCGGUGAAGCCUACGUGCUACCGCCCUAUGUUGCCUCGAUCAUAACGCAGGCGGAAGCGGCCGGGGCCAACGGAUCGGGUGGCGUGGCGCUCGCCUCCGACAUGCGCGUGGGCCCCUACAGCUCCAUCUUUGACAUCUCUUUCAUGUACGUGCCGCUUGUCGGCGCCCAUCGCCAACGCGCCAUUUCGGUCACCAUGGACCACAAGCUGAGCGAUGCGCUGACGAUGAUGCUGGACAACAACAUUGAAAGCAUUGCGGUGUGUGCGCCGAAAGAAGGCACCAUUGUUGACGUUAUUAGCCGCAGCGAUCUGCUGCGCAUGGAGAACCAAGGCGUCUACGACACCCAGUUGACAGUGCGCGAGGCGCUGGCGAGCAAGAUUAGUGACCACGUCUUUGUGUUCUACGAAAAAGACACUUUGCGAGAGAUAUUCUCCCACUUUGUGCGUCGCCGUGUGAAGGAGCUGUUUAUGGUGGAUCCCGACACAGGCCGUCUGUUGGGUCAGUUGAACGUCGCCGAGUUUGUGUACUUCUUGGUGUUUGGACAAACCUCGUGA